AUUAAAAUCUUUCAUACUUUGAAAAAAGUUGAGUAAAAUGCUGCUGAUGUUGGGAAGUCCAUUAAAAAACAAAUUCAUUUCUCCAUCCCAUAAAACGAAGCAAAGCCUCCGAUGAUUUUGAUAACAGCUCCCCCUUUCCCCACUCCUCGUUCUCACAUCGUCCUCCUCCGCCAUUUACAUCUCCCUCCUCCUCCUCCUCCUCUUCGCCAUGAAUCAACUACUAAUCGGAGCAAAAGUUCCCGUUUCCGAAGAAGCGUCUCCGCUGCAUCCUCUUUGCUGCCGCAACCACCUCGUAAUCCGGAUAAGGCGUCGGAGUUGAGGGCUCUUUGGAAGCGAUUCUGGAAAGUGGCGGCGCCUUACUGGUUUUCGGAGGAUAAAGACCAGGCCAGGCUGCGUCUAGGCGCCGUCUUCGCUCUAACUCUGGCCACCACCGGAAUCAGCGUCGGAUUCAAUUUCCUCGGCCGUGAUUUCUACAAUGCUCUCUCCAACAAGGACCAAGAGCAGUUCACCAAGCAGUUGCUUUACUACCUCUGUGGCUUCGCCGGCGGCAUCCCGUUCUUUGUGCUGAGAGAUUAUGCGAAAGAGACUCUAUCACUGAGAUGGAGGUCUUGGAUGACCAAACACUACCUCCAGCGCUAUUUGAAAGACCAAACCUUCUACAAGAUUCAGUCCCAAUCCAUGAUCGACAAUCCUGAUCAGCGCAUUGUUGACGACCUGAGCUCCUUCACUUCUACAGCCCUGUCUUUCUCCCUCACUCUCUUCAGCGCCACCAUCGACCUCAUCUCCUUCAGCAACAUCCUCUUCACAAUUUACCCUCCCCUCUUUCUCCUUCUCUUGCUCUACUCCCUUGGCGGAACUGCCAUUAGUGUCUUUCUCGGCAAGGGACUAGUGAAUCUCAACUUUAUGCAAGAGAAGAAAGAGGCUGACUUUCGCUACAACCUUGUCCGCGUCAGGGAAAAUGCUGAAUCCAUUGCUUUCUACGGAGGCGAGCAGAAUGAGAUGCUGCUUCUACUCGACCGUUUCAGAAGCGCUUUUGAUAAUUUAACUGAAUUGCUUAUAGCAUCUAGGAACCUAGAGUUCUUCACGGAUGGGUACCGCUACCUCAUUCAGAUUCUCCCUGCUGCUCUUGUUGCCCCAAUGUUUUUCUCUGGCAAAAUUGAGUUUGGUGUUAUUAACCAGUCUGUCUCUGCAUUCAAUCACAUCCUCGGAGACUUCUCCCUCGUUGUUUAUCAGUUUCAAGCUAUCAGCGCUUUCUCUGCUGUCAUUGACCGACUUGGUGAAUUUGAUGAGCUUUUGGAUAACAACAUCACCUCUCACACCAUGGACGAGAUUGAGCUGACGUAUCAGAGUGCGGGGAGGUCUUCUUUGCUAGUAGAUUCCAAUGGUUCUUCACUCCAGUCUCGACCUGAGAACCAAAAGCUUCUGGAGAUCCAGGAGCUCACUCUUCAGACACCAACGAAUGGAACCACAUUAGUUCACAACUUGACUGCACAUAUAUAUGACAAGGAUCAUCUACUGAUAAUGGGUCCUAGUGGGAGUGGUAAAACUUCUCUCCUAAGAGCAAUGGCUGGUCUUUGGAGGUCAGGGAAAGGAAGAAUCACCUUCUACCUCAAUCCUCAAACUCUGGAAAAUUCAGUUAAUACAAGUCCGGGAGACGUUUUAUUCCUUCCACAAAGGCCUUAUAUGGUUCUAGGAACUCUGCGUCAGCAAUUGCUUUAUCCUGCCUGGACUACUACUACUACUAUGGAUGGUGGCAGUGAAAGAGACGAUGGAAUGGAUGAGCUUAAGAAGCCAACAACAGAUGAUCUGAUGCGGACGCUAAAGAAUGUUCGUCUUGGACAUAUAGUGGAUCGCUUUGGUGGUCUUGAUUCGUUUCAUGAGUGGUCCAGUGUGCUCUCACUGGGCGAGCAGCAGCGCCUUGCCUUUGCACGGUUAUUAUUGUGUCAGCCGAAGCUAGCUCUCCUUGAUGAAUCCACCAGUGCUUUGGAUGAAGCUAAUGAGGCACACCUCUACCAGCAAAUCCAGUCAGCUGGGAUUACAUACAUAAGCAUUGGCCAUCGGCAGACGUUGACCAAGUUCCAUAACAAGAUCUUACACUUUUCAACGGCAGACCCAAAGAGCAUAGAACGGAACUGGAGAAUAGAGGACGUGAAUGCCAAAGAAGAUUCUUUGUUGAAUCAAUAAGAGUUGCGGAAUGGAAGCCGAUCAAAACCUGAUUAAUUAUUUUUUACAUAAGAGACCGAGAAGAACCUGAAACAUGCUUUGUCCUGAAAGAGACAUCGUCUGAAACACCCUUUUUGUACAUAAAAAUUACAGCAAUCAUAAAAUUUUAGUGUAAAAUGGCAAAAUAUGUUUUGUUUGAUUGAUGUUUCUCUCUUCUAUA